AGGAGUAACUUACUCCACAAGUCUGAAAGGAUGUUUAUACAUCCCUGACAGAUGAGGAAGGGACUUUUUCCAUUCACUUCAUACAUUUAACAUUCUCAUGGGACAGUGGCAGACUGAGUGAGGGAUGAACCUCAGUCGAAACUUUAUCUGCAGUGAGGUAGUAGUCCAUGUCACUCAAGGCGCAUUCCAUUGACUGAGAGGUGUUUUCACCAAGCUACAUACCCUGCAUAUUCUACCGAACACGUACUGUAUUAGACUUAAACAAGGAUCUGCUUAUGUUUGAGACAAACUGUUAUUGAAACUGGGAAAUACUCUGCUGUGCUUCAACGAAACUUUCAUACAGUUAAACAAAAUAUUAUAGGAACACGGGGAGAAUGGAUCACGCGCAACGAAAGUCUGAUGUAUUUGCUUUACAAGAGGUGUGACACAUUGAAGUGAGUUCGACAUGGCAUGCUGGAAAUGGUGCCGUCGGACCUGGGUUUGUUGCCUGGACGAUGAAGAGAGGAGGAGCGUUGCUAUUGACAAGGAGAUUCAGAGGAUUCUCCGACAGCAGAAGAACAGAGAACGCAAAGAAAUCAAAGUUCUUUUACUCGGCACAGGGGAGAGUGGGAAAACCACCUUCAUCCGACAGAUGAGGAUCAUCCAUGGAAGUGGCUUCUCUGAGGAGGAAAGACAGGACUUCGCCAAGCUCAUCUACCAGAACAUCUUCACGGCUGUGAAAGCUAUGACCCGGGCCAUGAUCACCCUCAGACUGCCCUAUGCCUACCCAGAGAAUGAGAUGUAUGCCAGGUGGGUGCAGGAUGUGGACACAGUGCAGGUCAUCCAGCUGGACCGUGGCUUUGUGGACGCUAUCCGCCAUCUAUGGGCCGACCCAGGUCUCCGGGUCUGCUACAGCCGCCGCAGCGAGUAUCAGUUGCUGGACUCCACAGAGUAUUACAUGACCAAUCUGGACCGCAUAUCUGCCCCAGACUACAUCCCCACUGCUCAGGACGUGCUGCGAGUUCGAUUCCCCACCACUGGCAUCCAUGACUACUCCUUCACCGUAAAGACCAUCACACUCAGGAUUGUGGAUGUGGGUGGACAGAAGUCAGAGAGGAGAAAGUGGAUCCAUUGUUUUCAGGAUGUGACGUCCCUAAUUUUCCUGGCUUCCCUCAGCGAGUAUGACCAGGUCCUGGAGGAGAGAGAGACUGAUCAGAAGCGUAUGAAUGAGAGUUUGGCUUUGUUCUACACCACCAUCCACUCCCCUUGGUUCCUCAACACCUCCAUCAUCCUCUUUCUCAACAAGACAGAUAUCCUGGCUGACAAGAUCCAGGCAUCCGACCUGCAGAAGUACUUCCCAGGGUUCACAGGAAAGCGACGUGACGCUCAGGAUGCUAUGAAGUACAUCCAGAAGAUGUAUGAGCAGCAGGCUCACAGCCGGGACAAGAAGGAAAAUAGCAAGACGCUGUACCCCCACUUCACCUGCGCCACCGACACCAACAACAUCCGCAAAGUGUUCAGUGACGUCAAGGACACGGUGCUCCUCAAGUCUCUCAUGGAGUUUGGGGUGAUCUGAGGGCCUGGGGACCCGCCUACCUAUGGGGCCACAGUCAACCAACAACCACUCAGGGCAGAACAGGCACUCCCUCCGUCCCUCCCUUGCUCAGUUUUCUCCUCUCUCUCAAUCUCAGCUCCAGUGGUGAUGCUCUCGGGCCAAACCUUCUUAUUGCAGGAAGGAAUCUCUACCUGGAGAGCAGAACAGAAUGGAGGGACUCCUAUGACUCCUGUAUCACUAACCUGUUUUACACACACACACACACACACACACACACACACACACACACACACACACACACACACACACACACACACACACACACACACACACACACACACACACACACACACACACACACACACUCUGGUUGUUAUUUUAUAAUGUUGUGUGUAAGGGCGUGGAGAUGUAGUGGCUCUACCAGUGGUUGAAACUGGACUAGAGAUGUAAUGAAGUGCUGUGUCUCCAUUAUGUGAGUUAUGACUUUAGCUGGUGGAGAUGAGAACUCUAAAUCCCUCUAUAUCCCUACCACAACCCUGUUGAUAGAAAAUGCCUCUAGAGAUCACUACAGCAGAUUCUAUCUGAGUGUUGAAUUAACACUACUGUGCACAUGCGUUGUAGCCAUUACAUAACCAGUUCACACCUAUGAGAAGUAGCCACCACUGAAGGCUUGUGUCACAUUUUGUGUUUGGUUGGUCUUUUAAUUGGUUUGCUUGGUUGACACCCGUAUAUGUUGUCGCUGGGUCUCAGGUGUGAGAUGUGAUGCAGGCGAGAAAUGUGGGAUUUGAGGCGUUUACUACAGCUGUGAUCGAGGUGUCAGAAAUCACUUGAUGUCAUAACGGGUUCCCCUGAUACAGUGUGUUAUGGAAUGCAAUGCUGUAUGUACACUGUUAGGAUUCUUGGUUUGGUUUUUGGUGGAUACUUUUGUUUAGUCUCUUCCCCUAAUGUGCUUGCCUUACAACCAGUCACUACCUGCAAUACAUUGAGUUCAUAUGGGAACAACAACGCCGGUGAAUGUAUACAUUAACCAACAAAUGAGAGUGCUUAAGAGCAGCAGCCAAGUACAGGGUUAUUACUAGCUGGCAGGCAUGCUGAUGUUAAAGCUGAAAUGUAAUAAAAGAUCUCAUUAAAUUCCUAGGACCCUGUUAGGACUGCUAUUAGGUGGCUCAGAGAGGCCAGUUAAAAGGAACGCCUGGCAUCGCGGGUGGUUCAAGUCUUGCCACUGUCUGAUAGCUCUAAAAAUCAACAUGCAGCUAUGAUGUGAAUGGUUGUAUGCUUUAGGCUACGGUAGGGCUUUGAUUUGAGCAGUGGAGUUUUUUGUGCUUCGCUGCAGAGUGGCAUGAAAGGUUACACAGCAAACAAGGAUUUAAUCAUUGUGUCAAGACUAUAAACAACAACUCAUUAUUCAUAGUUGGCUUGCCCUUUUACUCUGGUCUCCUAUCAAUAUUUAUGUUCAGUCAAUAUUUAGUUUAGCAGGCUCAGGCUGUGCUCAACUUGUUUCAUGUUCAGUAGCAUUUUAUAUUGGAUUCUAUAUUGGUGUAAUUUAAGCGAUAUGGCCUCUAUAAAUAUGAGUGAGUGGAGCAGGAUGGAGUCUGUCAGAUAAUACAGGCGAUAAUAUUUUGACCUGUGUGCGUCACUAAAGCAGAUGAUGAGUGUGUCAGUGGAAAAGGACUUCAAAGUCCGAUUAAAACCUCUUCCAUUAAAUUGAAGUCAGUAAUAACAAAUUGCAGGCAUGGAUCAUACAAUAUGCAUUGCAUUUAUUCAGGUUUGAGAAGAUUGCUUUGCUGCAGUGUGAAGAAUGUGUUGUUUUUUACUCAAAAACAUUUUUGGUAAAGGACUUGGGUCUGAAUGUGCAACUAAAUGUAUACCUAUAUUUCCUUGUAGAACUGAACAUAGGCUCUGAUGAAUUAUUAAUUGUAUUCAGCUUAUUUUGUUAUAUUAGACCACCUCAUUAACAGCUAGUGUGACAGGAGGUGAUGCACUAUAUAUUACAGACUAACAUUGGGAGAACUCUUAUUUGGUGCAAAUAUUUUGUAUAGAUUUGGGAAGAAUUUGGGGAAAUAUUUUCUAAUUAAAGUUGUGUUUUGAAAAAGA